CCGGCUAAACUUGUAGCUUCCUUUGUAACUGCAUCAUAUAACAUUAUAACUUACCCAAAACCAGAAAAAAUACAUCUUUCCUCCCAAAAAUGGAUCGAAUGCGACCCGUUUUAAGCGGGUUCUUCGUGUUGUUUCUACUUUUUUCACCAGCGAAAACCGAAGAUCAAAGUGUGAUACAAGCAUUGGUUGUGUUCAUGGAGAAACUUAAUCCCGGGAGCAUGCAAACCACCCCGAAUUGGGGUUGGAACACUUCGUCGGACCCUUGCACUAGUAAAUGGGCCGGGGUUACUUGCGAUAAAGAUAACGAAACCGUUAAGAAAAUAGUGCUCGAGAAGCUUAACUUAUCGGGAACUCUUGAUUUCGAAUCGGUUUGCAAGGUGAGUAACCUUCUUGUGUUAAGUGUAAACUUCAAUAGUAUUACAGGAAACUUGCAACAAGAGGUUUCAAAUUGUAAAAGACUUACACAUUUGUAUUUAAGUGGGAACCAGUUUUCGGGAAGUCUUCCCGAUUCUAUAACGGGCUUACCGAAUGUAAAGAGAAUCGAUAUAUCCAACAACGGGUUAACGGGCCAACUGCCCGACUUUUCAAGACUCACGAGCUUGUUAUCGUUUUUGGGCCAGAAUAAUCAGUUCACGGGCCCGGUUCCAAGAUUUAACUAUCGUCAACUUGACGGUUUCAGCGUAGCUAAUAACGAUCUUAGCGGCCCGAUUCCUGAUGACACGGGCCGCUUUGAUGCUAAUAGCUUCGCGGGUAACCCGAAGUUAUGUGGGAAAGAGUUGCCGGUUCAGUGUCCGGUCAAAGAGAAUAAAAAGUCAAAUUUUCGGGAUGUUCUUAUUUAUGCGGGUUUCGCAGUUCUCGGGUGCAUGGUGCUGGUUUUGCUUGCCAUUUUGGUAUUCAAGAAAAAAAAGAAACAAAAUGAUGUGAAGACUCAUUUAUCGGUGAAAGCCCGAAACGGAUCAGACAGUGGGCGGUCAAGCGGGUCGAAGAACAGCCGGGCCCGGUCUGAAUUUUCUACAACGUCGGUUGAAAGUGGUGGGGUUUCUUCGUCGAUGGUUGUUUUAUCGAGCCCGGUGGUUAACGGGCUGAGGUUUGAAGAUCUGCUUCGGGCUCCAGCGGAAUUGAUUGGAAGAGGUAAGCAUGGAAGCUUAUAUAAAGUCAAACCCGAUAACGGGGUUCCGCUUGUGGUCAAACGGAUUAAAGAUUGGAAGAUUUCAAGAGAUGAGUUUAAGAAAAGAUUGCAGAAAAUAGUUGAAACUAAACACCCAAAUGUGUUGCCAGUUGUUGCAUAUUACUCUUCAAAACAAGAAAAGCUUUUGGUUUAUGAGUUUCAACAGAAUGGCAGCCUCUUUAGGCUUCUACAUGGAUCACAAAACGGACAACUAUUCGGCUGGGGAAGCCGCCUAAGUCUUGCAUCAAGCAUAGCCGGCGCACUCGCAUUCAUGCACCACGAGCUUAAAUCCGACGAGAUCCCCCACGGAAACUUAAAAUCGUCAAACAUCUUAUUCAAAGACGACAUGGAACCAUGCCUAAGCGAAUACGGCCUAAUGCCUAUAAACCCCCACGACCCAGACCCAACCAACGACCAAACCACCACCCCUUUCAAAGCCGACGUGCACGCAUUUGGUGUAAUUUUACUCGAGCUCCUUACAGGCAAACCAGUCCAAGACAACGGGUCCGGUUUAUCCAAGUGGGUUACAUCAAUCGUCAAAGAAGAGUGGACCAUUGAAGUGUUCGACAAGGCGUUGAUAGUCGAAGGCGCCAGUGAAGAAAGGAUGGUUGUCCUCUUACAGGUGGCGUUGAGGUGCAUCAACAGUACCUCAACGCCACCUACCAUCGCGGAAAUUUCAGCGAUGAUUUCUUCUUUGAAAGAAGAAGAAGAGCGAUCCAUGACCUCUUCUGAUCCAUAAUCAUUUACAACACAAAAGUUCUAGUAAAUUUAAUUCAGAAAUGACUUUUUUAAUUUAUUCAUAAUUAUGAAAUUCAUGAAAUAUGAAAGAUACAGCUGUCCAAAUUCAUCAUACACCUUUCACUUUCUCCUCCUGUGUUUUUAUUAUAUUUACAAACAGUACCAUUGAUGAGCUAGUGCAAUCUCAAAACCUAAAAAAUAUCUAUCAAUCCAGAUCCAAAACUUAAAAAAAAAAAGAAAAAAGAAAAAA